AUGGCGAGCAUUUGGGUUUCUGAACCCAGAACCACCUGCAGCUCCAAGACACAGCUCCUGCUGUUAUCCAUCCUGCUACUUCAGGAACUCUUCUGUGGCAGGAGCAGUCCCAUCUCCAGCCCCCAUCAGAGGCAACGUCCAGCUCCAGGGCUUGACGAUGGGCACGGAGGGGUGGUGGAUCCAUCGUUGCUGGAGCAGGAUAACAACGUAGACAUGCAGAGUCUGCUGGAGAACUUGAAGGGACAGUUUCUGCAGACUUUCAACCUCUCAGGUUCAGGUCCUUCACUGUCUACUAGAAACUUGAGAGAGGAGCCUCCUGAGUACAUGAUGGAGCUCUACAACCGCUUUGCUAAUGACCACAAUACAAUGCCUUCUGCCAGCAUCAUCCGCAGCUUUAAAAAUGAAGAUUCAUCUCCUGGUGUUGUAGGUGUUGGUGGAGUGAGGCGUCACUCCCUCCUCUUCAAUGUCUCAGUCCCUCACCAUGAACGCAUCACCGCAGCAGAACUCCGCAUCUACACCCUGGUCCAGACUGACCGCCACCUCUACGCAGGGGUUGACCGCAAGGUCACAAUUUAUGAAAUUGAAUCAUAUGGGCAGGCGGACAAUGUGACAAAUAAUAACAUAACUGGAGUAAGUGCGUUCAAAGGAGAAGGAGAGCAGAUGGAGUGGGUGGAGUUGGCAUCGCGACAGGUUUAUAAUACUGAUAACGGCUGGCAGGCCUUCGAUCUCACUGCUGCUGUGCAACACUGGCACAUUUCUGCCGAGGGCACCACGCACCGGUUAGAAGUGCACAUCGCCAGCAUGUCUGAUGAUGGUGUUCAAAAUACAUUAGAGGACAACAAAAGCAGGCAUUCACCUAAAGGGGACAUGAAGGUCGAUACUAGUCCUGAGGAGAAACACAAACCCCUGCUGAUUGUUUUCUCUGACGAUCAGAGCAGUGACCACCAGAGUGACAAGCGUGAGCUGAACGAGAUGAUCGACCAUGAAACCUCAAACAUGGUUCUGCAGAAUGACAUAGAGAUGGGUGACUGGAGUGAUGAGGUAAGAGAACAAUCUGAGCCAGAUGAAGAGGAUCUAAUUCAGAUGCGGUCAAAUCUCAUCUAUGAAUCAACAUCACGAAUCCGUCGCAACGCCAAAGUCAACCACUGCAAAAAAAAGUCUCUGUAUGUAGAGUUCAAAGAUAUAGGCUGGGACAGUUGGAUCGUAGCCCCUAUUGGCUACGACGCCUAUGAGUGCACUGGCGUUUGCUCUUUUCCACUCACAAAGCAUGUCACACCAACCAAACAUGCCAUUGUUCAGACGUUGGUCAACAUAAACAGCCCUCAAAAGGCAGCGGGAGCUUGUUGUGUGCCCACAAAGCUCGACCCCAUCUCCCUGCUCUACCUGGAUGAGACAGGUGUGGUCACCUAUAAGUACAAGUUUGAAGGCAUGGUGGUUGCUGAGUGUGGUUGCAGAUAGUCCCUGCUCUGACAGAGGCAGAGCUAAACUUAUCAUAAAGUCUUAUGGACGCAGAGGAAAGGCACUGAACAAACAAUAAGCUGGAGGAGGAGAUAAGCGCAGAAUGUCUUUGACAAAAAAGGGACGACUAUUGGAAUCUCUGUGAGACUGGAACCACACAUUCCCUGUUCGUGCAAGCAUGUGUGGACAAACAAGACUCUUACUAAAGACACUGCUCACCCUUAUGCCAAUAUAGAUAGUGGAGAGACAACAUGUCACUGACCUACAGUCUGCAUGUUGCCAAAAGUGACACCAACAAGAGCAAAAAGGAACAAGAUUUUCCAAGGACUCAACCAAGUGCAUGAUCUGUCUGGGAAGCCUUGUGGGAACUUACGGGCCAACAGUUUCCCCUCCCUCCACUUCCCCCCUGACAUCUGUCUUCCUUUCCACUUAUCUCUCGACUCCCCACUCGAUGCAAACACUAAUCAGCACUUCAUGUGUCCUGGUGCAGCAAAAUGACCUCCCAGAAGCAACCUGACAAGACAUGAACUUUACAGGCCCCGCUCCUGCCUCCUGCAGACCCCUGAUACGUAGGUGCUGUGUGGGGGUUGUGGUGGUGGCAUGGUUAUCUCUCCCAUAUUCUGUUUCCAACGUCACAUGCCUUUCUUCAACUCCCUGGAGCUGGAGUGAUAGGAAGGUGUUGGAGAGUAAGACACAUGAGAAACAUGUGAGACAACAAUUAGUUGGAGAACUGGAUGCCAUUCUGGACAUCUUUUGACUGCUUGUACGGGUGGGGGGUGUGGGGGGAGUCUACAUUCCUAGGUAAAACAUUUUACUGACCCUUUUUCAUGCACACCAUCUAAGCUAGGUCAUACAUCACUUUUAUGUAGAACUGUCCUUUAUGGAACAUGUGCUUCUGUAAGCUAAUACCAAGUGUAAAAACAGGGGCCCAGUCUCAAAUUUCUGUGACUGACGUCUCCCCAAGAAAAUGCCAAUAUUUUCUUAUGUUGUUAGCCUUUUGAUACCUCUGCUGUUUGUGUCAAAUGUAACAUUAUUUAUUGUUCUAACUUAUUGAUUUUUACAACAGAGUAGAUAUAUAAGAAUAUGUAAAUUUGAUAUAAAUGUAACUUGUUUUCUUGUGUAAUCAUGACAAUGCAUUUGCAGCACAAUGUGAUUUGUUGUUGGGAAGAGAAAUGGUAACUGUUUUUAAAAGCAUAAAGAAUAAGUACCUGGUUAAAAAAAUAAAACUUGCCUUUUGACUAAACAGUGAGUAAUUUACUCCUGUUUUUAGGAUAGUUUCAUACAAGGACAUACCUCAAAUCAUACUGAAGCAUCAAGCUGAUUUUUGUUAAUUUAACUCUCUGCCAUUUCUAAAUUUCAUUACUAGAUGCAGCUAUUAAAAAAUAAAAACGUAGGUGUAUCGCAUCAGUGCUGAAAAAACUGAUCGUUUUUUUUAUUUGAAACUUUAUGUCCCAAUACUUUUGAUAGUCUAACCAAAGCAUAAUCCAUUUGUAAAAAGUUUUAACCUGCUUUUCAAAAGCCAAAUAAUAAAUAAAAUAACACCAACACAUAAUCUUAAAAAAAGUAGUUCAUUACUAUAAAAAAUACAGUAACACACUUUAAAAAUGUCAGAACAGAUUUAAAAGGCCAUACAAGCAACUGGACUGAAGUUCUAUUUUUCUUAUUAAUAUAUAUCUAAUUAUUUGGAUCAGUGGACGUUUUACAGCCUUUUUUUAAAAUCAAGAUUCGAAAAAUUCCAUGCAAACAUGUCCCUAAAUGUAUAAGUAAAUAAAUUUAACAAUCUUCUAAUUUUAAUUUACUCACAGUUUACUCACUCAGUGUGAAACCUGGCAGUGUUUUCUUGAACACAAUCCUUAAAUACUCGCAGGCAGAGUUGGGCACGUUACUUUUAAAAGUAGUUAGUUUACGUUACUAGUAACCUUUUACACUAAAUAAUUGAGUUGGUAAAUGACUCACUACAUGACAGACCUAGUCACUGACAAGUGACGUGCGAUCAGUUGACAAGAAGCGUCUGCCGUCGAGAUGUGCUUCAUUAAAUUGGAGUUGCUUACACCAGACGUGAACUUAUUGCUCUGAGACAUAAUGUUCACUGAACAUUUUUACCUCGACAAGGUUAAAGUAGUGCCUGUAUUUCUAACUCGAAAACGCUGUCGUUCCCUUUGACUCCGGACUCGCCAUCUUUGAAAGUUUGUGUGUGUGCAGCUCGACCUGUGUGCUGGGUUUGUGUGUAAACACCCGCCAUAGGGGAAAAACACACACACAUUUGCAGCUCCUGUGUCUGUGCGAGCCGAGUCGGAUGAUAUCUUCAAUGAGUAGCUUCAGUAAGGCGCAGUACUGGCUUGUUGGUAACAGUAACGGCGUUAUAACGACAGAUAAAGUAAGUAGUUAUAUAUAUAUAUAUAUAUACAUAUGAAAUAUACUUUUUUCAACAACUUUGGAUCACAGUAAAAUACUUUACAAUGAGUUCCUGAGAAAGUCUUCAAAAAUAAAAAAUUCUCAAAAAAGAAAUAGAAAUGCACUAAUUUGACUUAAAAUACAUAGCUAUGCUCUUUUGUGUCCAAAGUUCUGCAGCUUCAGUCUUUUCGAGGGUUUUUAACCAUAGAAAAGUAAUAUAUUUAUACACAUUAUGUAUGCUUUUAAAAUCUGUAUUUAUUUAAUAAAAAAGCACUAAUUUCCAGAAAAACAGGGCACAUUGCACUGUACAACUAACCAGUCAUUUUUAACAACAGCUAUAAAUACAAAUCUUUUGGAAUAUAGAUUCCAUAUAAAUGCAUUUUGUGAGAUUGAAGCCUUUUGUGGUUUACUUGUGAUGGUUUUCCUCAUCUGGUACUCAAAAUUUGUAAAAGGUAAGAAUAUUAAACAGAUGUAAGAAAAUCCCAUAUAGCCACAAAUUUAUUGUACUGCAACUCCUACACUAGAACACUAAUAUCAAUCCUAAGAUUCUGUUAAAAUAAGUGUGUGUGAGUGCUGAGUACUUUUAGCUGCAAAUCUCAUCAGCUUAAUGUAUUCCAGCCACCUGUAAGAGGCAAACCCAUUAAAAAUCAAUGUCAGUUUAAGGCAAUAAAAGAACAAAAUUCACUUUAUUAUUUUGAGGUUAUCCUGGAUGUACCCCAAAGUAUCAAACUCUUAUAAUAGGUGCAGAGGAUCCCCAGCCAAUCACUCCCAUAUGUUCUGGUCCUGCCCCAGGCUUGCCAUAUUUCUAUCCAAAAUCUUUCCCACUCUUUAUACUGCAUAUAAUAUCAGUAUCUCUCCUGAUCAUCUUCUGGCCUUGUUUAGAGGCCCGUUACAGCCUGCUACCUCUAAAACCAUGCAGACUGUUCUCGCCUAUGCCACUCUAUUGGCCAGACGAAACACAUUUGAAAAUACAUGGACAUCCCUCUUAAUUUAUAUUGAAGUUUUGUUAUCUUUCCUUGGUUGUGAUGGUUGAACUGGUUGGUUGAUGUAUUUUGGAGGAAGAAAACUGUACUUUUAUUUGACUAACAUCAUUUUUAGUUUAUAUUUAGCAUGUAUUUAUUUGUUUUUGUCUGGUUUAGUCAUUUUAUUUAUUUAUAAAUGUAUUUUCUGUUUAUUCCUAUAUACUGUGUAUUGGGUUGAAAAAAAGGGGGCUGGGGGUGGAAUGGAGAUAUGGAAGACUUAUGCUGUAUCAUUGUCUUGAUUAAUGUGAAAUUUCUUCCCAAAUUUCUUUUCAAUUUCUUAAUGCAUUUCAUGUUGGUCGCAUGAUGAAACUUUUUGAUGACAUUUUUAAAAAAAAGAAAUUUCCAAAUUUGAACUUUUCUGCACAUUUCUCAUCAAAUUAAAUAAUUUUGAGAAUUAAAAAAAAUGCUUUUUUUUGGAAAAAUCCUUAUUUCA